UAACGUUGAUAAGACUGUAUGGAUAUCGUGGCAGACAAUCAGCGCCACACUUGUCUUGCGUUGCAAAUAUGGAAAAACGUAAAUGAUGCGACAUGUGAUGAGAUAAUGUGUUAUUUUUGUGCGUUGCGUUCAUCAAUAAAUUAAUCUACGCAUACAUCUGUUAGUCAUUGAGGUGUAUAUUACUCGGAAUAAAUGAACAAUCGAAUUACAGAUAACCGCGAUAUCAAUACGGAGUACCUCGCAUCGAUCCAGAAUCGAUUCAGUUAUUGACGUGCCGCGCGGUCGUUUAUCACCGCAUUCAUCAUCACCUCACCCCACACACCUUUCACGAUGAGCGAAAUUGCCCUGCUGGUGUCAACCGCCACCAAAGAGCUGCAGUUCCGCUUUCCGGGCAAGCGUCCGGCGCGUGCGCUCUUUCAAGAGGUGUGCAAGAACCUGAGUCUGCGCGAAGUGUGGUACUUUGGACUCUAUUACUUUGGCGAUAGUAAUCGCAAGGUAUGGAUUGAUCAGAGUCAGAAAAAACUUGCGACGUAUUCCAGUCAAGCGAAGCGGUUGUACUUUGGUAUCAAGUAUUAUCCAGAGGAUAUUACAUUGGAUGUUAUUGAACCGCUUACGCGCAAGUAUUUCUACAGCGAGGUGCGUAAUGAUAUCCUGAAGGAUCGGAUUUAUUGUCCGGCGGAUACCUGCGUGUUGUUGGCUUCGUAUGCCUGUCAGGCGCGUCAUGGUGAUUACGACGAGGAUAUCGAUAUUUCAACGGAGAGAUUAUUUCCAGAUAGGGUUAUGAAAACACACAAACUCACAAAAGCAGAGUUCAUCCAAUCGGUGACAAGUAUGUGGAUCAAACACAAAGGAUCUUUAACCGAUGAAGUAAUGGCGGAGUAUUUGCGACUCACGCAGAACUUGGAUAUGAUUGGCGUGCACUUUUUUGACAUUACAAAUCAGAAGGGCACGCAUCUUGUGGUUGGUAUCAAUCCACUCGGAAUGAAUAUGUAUAAACCUGAAGAUAAGUUGAAUCCAACAACUUCGUUUCCCUGGUCGGAAAUUGCUAACUUAAACUUCCGCGGGCGUAAAUUCACAAUCAAAACCGUUGACAAGAAAACCAUGGACGUGAAUUUCUUCAGCUCGGACCCGAAGAAUAACAAACAAAUUAUGACGCUUGGAAUUGGUUAUCAUCAGUUGUACAUACGUAGGCGGCAACCUGAUUCACUCGAAAUCACUGAGAUGAAGGAAAAUGCCAAGAUGCAGAGGCAAUUACUUGAAGCGCAGAGGGAUAGAUUACGUCGUCAACAAAUUCAGAGUGAGCAAGUAGAAGCACGUUACAAGGAGGAUCUCAAGAAGUUAACCGACGAGUUGACAUCGACAAGAUCACAGCUGAAUGAUUCGUUGAUGACGAUCAAACGAUUGCAGGAACGUUUGGCGGAAAUCGAAGCCGCUAAGAAGGAAUUAGAAGAUCGCCAAAACGAGCUGCAUCAAAUGAUGGUGCAGUUGGAGCAAGCGAAGCACUUGGAAGAAUCCGAGCGUUUGAAACUUGAAGAAGAGAUCCGUCGUAAACAAGAAGAGGUGCAACGUAUUCAAGAAGAAGUUGAAGAUAAAGAUUCAGAGACUAAACGUCUACAGGAGGAAAUGGAAGAGGCGAAACGGCAGUUCGAAGAGUUUCAAGCACGGCAAAUCAGAGAACAAGAGGAGGCAGAGGAAGCGCGGUUGAGAGCUGAAGAAGAACGCCAACGCGCUUUGGAGGAAGCAAUGACUGCCCGUGAUGUGGUUCCUGAAUUAGCGGAGAUCAAUCAAAAAUUGACAGAUGAACUAAAAUUAUUACAGAGCAAGUUGGAAGAAACACGUAAAGUGGAGAUGGAAAGUGCCGAGGAUCGUAUUCAUCGUGAAAAUCUACGUAAUGAUAGAGAUAAGUACAAAACGCUGUCGGAGAUUCGCCGCGGAAACACGAAUCGACGUGUGGAGAUGUUUGAGAACUUCUAGAAUGUUCUACGGUAGGUCGCCAUCUUGGAAACUCUGUUUCGUUGAUGACAGAGCGAUUUGUUCAUUGCAUUGUUGAUUAUUUCAAAGAUAACUUAUUUAUUCGUUUUCCACGCGAUUUUAAAACUUUUAAUGGCUGCCACAGCAUCCGAAGAAAAAUAAACAUAGUGUUUUCUAUUUGUAUAUUAUAAA